AAGAAAGUUUUUUCAAAAGCAUUUUGAGAGUUAUUUUUUUUUAAAGUAUUUGUGAUUAAUUGUUUGAAAGUGUUUGUAUUUAAGCAUGCCUCCCCAAAUUGAACCUGUUUCGUUGAGUUUGUACAGGCAGUCUCUCUUGCUCCGGUGAUUUCAUUCCACCACCACCGAAGCGGAAAAACAUAAAUCGGAAGAAGUUUGAAAGUAUGGUGUGGGGCCUCUUUCCCGUCGACCCUCUCUCAGGUGAAGAUAAGUACUAUAUCUUUGCGAAGGGAACAUACAAAGUGGGUCGCAAAGGUUGUGAUGUAAUUAUUACCAAAGACAAAGGAGUUUCCCGGAUCCAUGCAGAAAUAGUUGUUGAUGCAAUGACGUCUUUAAAUCCCCUGCUUAAAAAACCUUCCAAUAUUUUGUCUAAAGUUAGGGUUAGAGAUUGCUCCAAAUAUGGAACGUCUAUUGACAAGAAUCUUGGGCGAAAGGAAAAGGUUCAUGAACUCCCAAAUAAGGAAACAACGUUAGAAGAUGGCGACUUGAUUUCUUUUGGAACUGGUAAUGCAACCUACAUGUUUUCUUUUGUCCCGCUCAUAUUUUUUGCGUGCUCGGAGUCCUUCCACGAGAAUCAACCCCUGCAAGACAAAAUCUCAUCAAUUGGAGCUCAUAUUAAUGACAGUCUAACUCAAGAGUGCACACAUGUGCUUGUUGAUCAACUCAGGCCAGUGAAAGAAGACAUUGUUGAUGCCAUUGUAUCAAAGAAACCGAUUGUUCUUGAUAGUUGGGUUAAGUUUGUUGCAGAAAAAAGCAUUCGCACUGAAAUUCCUAGCUGCAGUUCUUAUGCUCCAACGCUAACCAUGGAAGGAGUAUCAGUCAAAGUUGCAGACCCUAAGUCUCGUGAAAAGUGUUUGGAAGGAUACACUUUUUUGUUGGAGCCGAUACAAAUGAAGUUCAGGGAUCGGUUGCAGUCCUUAUUGGAAGUGGGCGGUGCAAAAAUUAUUUCUAUUAAAGCAUUUUGUUCAAGUAGCCAAGACUCGGGCUAUGGAGAUAAUAGUCGCAUGGUUUAUGUUGUCCCUGAAGGAUCAGCAGAGGAGUCUGAUGGAUUUCAAAAACUCAGUUCAUUGUUGAGAGUAAAUGAGAUGGAUUUAGUACGUGCUGUUUUAUCUGGAUUGUUGGAUCCAUCCAUAUUAAUAUCACCAUGCAUAAACGUUUCAUCUUCAUGCUCCACAGACGAAACAGUGGUAGCAGAUUCUGAUGUAGAGGUGGAAACAGCCACAUCAAUUCAUGCAAAUGCGACGGUAUGCACUGAUGAGGCCGUUAAAGUUUUGAGCAAGCCUGAAACAUCAAUGGCUACUGUCCACACUGAAGAAGCCAUUAAAUUUGUGAACAAAGCUGAAACAUCCAUGGAUCAUGCUGCCAUCAGAUCAGAGGACAGUGGUGUUAUGAACUACAGAGACAGUAGUUAUGGCAUGACAGUGAGAAGGGACAAGGUUGAUGAUUCUGAAUGCGAAAAUGCAGAUGUAAUUUACAGCCAAACUUUAGUUGUGCGAGAUAUGGACAUAACUUCUGGUGUCAGUACUGCUACCAACAAUAGAGUUCCUAAUUUUAAACUCUUCAGAAAGGCCAAUACUCAAUCUGGGAAUAGCUUCGACAAUUUAAUUCCGUUUUCAAAGUACCCAUAUAAUGAUUCUGACGUUGGGAGUGAAGAAAUGGUUGAAUCUGUUAAAGCAGAGAAAAAGCGGAAGCAAAUGGAAGCUGUUGCAGAAGACUUAUUUAACAAUGAGAAGGGAAGGCGACGUGGUGUGGCUGGUUCUCUUCGUGGGCUUCUUACAAAUGUUUAGCAUCUUUCUCAUGUAUACAAAGGUAUAUCAUACUAUAAGUCAGCAAUCUUCCACCUACAUUGUGCUAUUGAUCCUAGGAAAUCCGGGAUGGACAAGGAUCGGUGGUAUAUCGGCGGUUCACGACAUUAUGAUCAGUUUAUCCAUGGCUCACAAUGUGCUUAUUUAUCUGUCAAGUGUUGCUCGAAGUACCAAGUAAAUAUGCUAUGUACACAAUAUAGUUAUUGUCUGGACAAAGCCCACCUCUUAAAACUUCCAAAUUUUAAGUCAUCACAUUACUCUUC